AUGCCCGGGGCUAAUAUUAAUUCAGCCAUCUUAUUUUGUAGAUCGUCUUCCGAGAUGUCUGUAUCUAAUUCAGAAAAGAAAUUUAGAAUGAACGAAGGCGACUGGAUUUGCAGUGAUUCACAAUGUGGAAAUGUAAAUUUUGCUAGACGAGCUACCUGUAAUAGGUGUGGAAAAGAAAAGUCAACUAUACCACAAAGGAAAAAACUUGGUCAUGAGAUUGGAAAAGCAGCUGCAGAGAAAAGUAGGGGUUUAUUCAGUGCAGAUGACUGGCAAUGUGGAAGGUGUGGGAAUGUGAAUUGGGCACGCAGACAACAAUGUAACAUGUGUAAUGCACCAAAAUAUGGAGAAGUAGAAGAGCGAACAGGUUUAGGAGGUGGUUAUAAUGAAAGAGAAAAUAUUGAAUAUAUUGAAAGAGAAGAAUCUGAUGGUGAAUAUGAUGAUUUUGGAAGGAAAAAGAAGAAAUUUAGAGGCAGCAUAAGUAGUAAAUCCGAUUCUAAUCAUAUAAGUGAAACAAAGUCAGAAGUUAAAACUGAAAAAGAAGUACCUAAAAGUAAAAUUGAAUCUGAAGAGGAAAAAUUAGAGGAGGAGGAAGAGGAUGAUGAAGAUGAAGAGGAGGAUGAAGAUCUAUCAAAGUAUGACUUAAGUGGAUGGGGAGAUGAUUCACCCAAAAAGAACGAUAAGAAUUCUGUUUCACAUUCAAGAUCAUCUUCGUCGUCAUCAGAAUCACGUUCAAGAUCUUCCAGCAGUGCUUCUACAUCCUCUAAUUCUGCCCGAUCUCAGUCGUCCUCCCCGUCACGCUCCAGAUCUCGUUCAGCCACACCUGUUCGUGGUCUGGCAAAAAGAAUCAAGAGAACAAACUCCAGGUCCAGAUCCAGUUCACAUGAUUCUAGAUCCCGAAGCCGGCGCCGCAGAUCUCAGUCCAGGAGCCGUUCCCCGAUCAACCAUCCUCGGUCCAGAUCUAGGGAUAGUGAAAGGUCAGUUUCAAAGUCACCUGAGUGUCGCAAAUGAUGAAGAUCAACUCAUUUAGCAGUUUAUUGAGCUGUUGGUAAUGAUUUUCAAGAAAUAUUGAAUAUCUAAAUUCUAAUCUUGUUUGAAUAAUUUUUUUUAAUGUUUCAUGUAGCAUUAAAUUAAUUAUUAGCUGUAUCACAAAAUGAAAAUAUGUUCAAAAUAAAAUUUCUGGGCUUUCUUUUUCUGGACCAAAUUCAUCUCUACGUUUUGGUAAUUCAAUUACAAAUGUGCUAAAAGCUCAGAAUUAUGUAUUAAAAUUAUAAGAUUUAGAGAAAAAUUUAUGCUGCCUAUUAAACUUUUUUAUAAAAAUUACCAUCUAGAUGAAGAAACAUAUCAUUACAUGAAUUGUUUUCAUAUGGUAUUUGCAGUAAUGAGGAAGUUCAUACAUGAGAGUUUCUACUUUGAAUUUUAGGUUAUCAAUUGCUCAACCUCCAUCAAAUUAAAUUGGACAUGCAUGUGGAAUCAAAUAUGUAUCCCAAAUGAAUAGCUGUAAUUCAUAAUAUAUUUACAAUUUUUAGAUAUUUUUUUAUUACAGUGAGACAGGAUAAUAGAUUUAUGUAAUGAAUAAAUACAGUAAAGAGAGGAAACCUUUUAUCUCAGUUAAAAUUUUUCUUUUAGUGUUUAUAUAUAUUUAUAUUUGGUUCAUGUUGUCCAAUUACCAUGUGUACAAUUAGUAUACAACAUUCAUCUUUAAAGUAUUUUAAUUCAUUACAAGAAGAAAUGUUAACAACAUGAGAAGUGGAUGUAUGCUUUGUAAAAUUUGCAGCUUAUUGUUAUAAUUCUUAAUUGCAUAUUAUGUAAAUUUAAUUUCUCAAAUAAGAGAGUUUUUAGUUAUUAUUUAAAAAUGGAGAUGUUUCCUCAUUGAUGCUAACACUCAUACGAGCUAAUGAAUGAAAAGUAACAUUGUAAUAAUGCACAAAUGUUAUAUCUUAGCAAAAACUUCACUUUAAAUUGUAAAAACAAAGCUUUAACCUUUAGUUAGGCUAUUCAAGUACUAUAGUUCUGUCCUUUCACUAUGGUACAUCCACUAAAGGUUUGUUUAAAGCAAUCACACUCAAUCUUUCUGAAAUGUACAGAUUCUAUAAUUUGUCAAAAUAAAUGUGGUAAUAGUCUUGUACUAUAAAUUGUCAAUUAAUAAAAUCAUUUAUGUUGAA